CCCUGACUAAAAUCAAACCAGCAACAUCUGGUGGCAUCGGUGGAUGCUCAACCACUGAGCCACACCGCCGGGUUGUAACUACUUUUGACUAGGCAGUGCAUGCCAUGGUACAAAAAUCACAAGGUCUGUAGACGAGAAAAGAUGGGGGAUUUAUUUCUUCUUCUGUUUUUUAAUACGUUUUUCAUUGAUUCCGGAGAGAGAGGGAAAGGGGGAGAAGGGGGGUAAACAUCCAUCUGUUGCCUCCAGAACUCUCACCUACCGGGAUCGAAGGACAACCUAGGGUUGUGCCCUCCAACCGCAACCUUUUGGGGUCCGGGGUCCGGGAGGACGCUCUAACCAUCUGACCACCCAGUCGGGACAUGAGGACCGUGGGGGUGGCCUUGCUCCCUGCAGGGAGCGGGCGGAGCCGGCUGAGCGCGGGAGUGGGAGGUGCAGGAGUCGCGCAGACUCCCUGCUGAAGUAGGUGGAGCCUCCUCGGUCCCGCGUCGGCCUUAUAUUCGCCCCUGCUCAGCCAGUUGGGGCAGAAGCCGGGACCCCGCGGACGCAACAGCUGUGGCUUGCUGGUUUGGAGACCCUGACACACCUACUUUCUCACCUGUGCUUUGCGUGCCCCUGGCUGCCUGACAAGAUGAAGCUUAAACUGAUGUAUCAGGAGCUGAAGGUGCCUACUGAAGAGCUGCCCAUGAGUAAGAGCGAGGCUUGGAAGGCUGCUGAGAAGAAAGCCCGCUGGGUCCUGCUGGUCCUCAUCCUGGCUGUUGUGGGUUUCGGUGCCCUGAUGACGCAGCUGUUCUUUUGGGAAUUUGGUGACUUGCAUCUCUUUGGGCACGCCCGUCCCCCACCCGUUUGCUAUGACCCCUGCAGAGCAGUGGCGGUGGAGAGUAUCCCUGAGGACAUGGAGUAUCUCAUUGAUGACAUGAGCGAACCCACCACCAGCCAGGCCUGGCUGGGCCUGAUUGCCAGGGCCCGCAAGAGCCUGGACAUCGCCUCCUUCUACUGGACCCUCACCAACAAUGACACCCACACUUGGGAUCCCUCUGCCCAGCAGGGCGAGGACAUCCUCGAGCAGCUCCAGACGCUGGCACCUCGAGGUGUGAAGGUUCGCAUCGCUGUGAGCAAGCCCAGUGCGUCCCAGCCCCAGGGGAACCUGCAGGCCAUGCUGCGGAGCGGUGCCCAGGUCCGCAUGGUGGACAUGCAGAAGCUGACCCAUGGCGUCCUGCACACCAAGUUCUGGGUGGUGGACCAGACCCACUUCUACCUUGGCAGUGCCAACAUGGACUGGCGCUCCCUAACUCAGGUCAAGGAGCUGGGCGUGGUCAUGUACAACUGCAGCUGUCUAGCUCAAGACCUCACCAAGAUCUUCGAGGCCUACUGGUACCUGGGCCAGGAGGGCAGCUCCAUCCCGUCAACCUGGCCCCAGUCCUUUGACACCCGCUAUAGUCAAGAGUCACCAAUGGAGAUCUGCCUCAACGGGUCCCCUGCUCUGGCCUACCUGGCAAGUGCACCCCCACCCCUGUGUCCAAGUGGCCGCACCCCGGACUUGAAGGCUCUGCUCCACGUGGUGGACACUGCCCAGGAUUUCAUCUACAUCGCCGUCAUGAACUACCUGCCCGCCAUGGAGUACACCCACACGCGCAGGUUCUGGCCCGCCAUCGACGACAGGCUGCGGCGGGCGGCCUAUGAGCGGGGCAUCAAGGUGCGCCUGCUGAUCAGCUGCUGGGGUCACUCCCAGCCGUCCAUGCGGGCCUUCCUGCACUCCCUGGCUGCCCUGCGCGACAACCGUACCCACUACGACAUCCAGGUGAAACUCUUCGUGGUCCCUGCGGAUGAGACCCAGGCCCGGAUCCCAUAUGCCCGAGUCAACCACAACAAGUACAUGGUGACCGAACGUGUGGUCUACGUCGGAACCUCCAACUGGUCUGGCAGCUACUUCACAGAGACGGCGGGCACCUCGCUGCUGGUGACACAGAACGAGCAGGAGAGCCUGCGCGGCCAGCUGGAGGACAUUUUCCUGAGGGACUGGAACUCCCCUUACAGCCACGACCUCAACGCCACAGCUGACAGUGUGGGCAAUGCCUGUCGCCUGCUCUGAGGCCUGUCCCAGCAGACUGCCCGAGGCCUGCAAGGCCCCCACAGACCCAGAUGUCCUGGGUCAUGGCCGCUGCCCCUGUGCCCCAUUUCUGUCCGUUCCAUUGUGGCUCCAGAGCCCCCCCUUGCUCUCCCACCUCUACCUCUGCCCCACCAGCCUGAGUCUGUGGCCCCAGGUCCCAGCCGAGCUGAGGGAGGGAUCAGUCCCAGAAGAAGUGGGGGUGCAUGCUGGGCCCGGCCCACCCCCUUCCCAGGGCAAAGCGGGCCCAAGGUUAUAAGAAGAAGUAAAGAACUUGUGUGCACA